UUUGAGAAAUUUCAGUUAGAGAAUGACGAAACCACUAUGGAAAUAGAAAAGAAAUUAGAGAAUAUCGAUAUCCUAUCGGAUGAGGAAAAUGAGGAAAUGGACACAAAAGAGCAGAAAGGAUUGAACCUCAGAUUGUUUCAAAUUGAAUUAACGGAAAUUGCAAAGAGAGGAUGCAAUACAAUUGUGUGCUCAGAUACGGGGACAGGAAAAACAAGAAUAGCAUUCGACAUCAUCAAAGACCACCUUAAGAAAAAUCCAGAAGGACAUGUUGGCGUUUUAGCCAAUAAUGCAGUAUUAGUUGCUCAGCACUAUAAAGCUGUCAAGCUAUUAUUACCUGAGUAUGAAGAAUCGACAAUGAUGUUAACUGGCAGCAGCAAGCUGAGCAAAAACUUGCAUUUAUUUGCUAAAUUUUUGCCAAUUAUCAUCAUGACCCCUGCACUUAUUUUGAAUACAAUAGACUCGGGUAAUGAUCCUGAGAUCCUCAGUAGUUUCACACUGCUCGUGUUUGAUGAGUGUCACCAUACAUAUGGCGAGCAUAUCUUUAAUAAAGUUAUGCGAAGAUACCACAUAGAAAAAGAUAAGGGAUACAGCGUUCCACAAAUAUUAGGUCUAACAGCAACUCUUGGGACAGGGGCAGCGAUCUCUUUAGAAAAAGCCAAGACACACAUCAUUGGCAUUAUGGCAAAUCUUGACGUAGAGGAAUUGUCUAUUGUCACAAAAGAAAAGGAAAAUUACGAUAAAUUUUUGAAGAAUGUAAAAACAGAAAUCAUCCAGCUUCCAAAGCAGCCCAUAAAGGAUUCAGUGGAUGAGGUAAUUGAAACUUUUAUGGCGGAGCUGGAGAGGAAAGUUCAGAUGGCUAAAGAUCAUUUAAGUGAAAACGAUGAAGAUGAAGAAGCAAUGAGGGAUGUGAUCUUAGGGAUUCCUGACGAUAAGCGCUCCAACCAGUACAUCACUUGGUGUAAAAAGCUUGAAGAAAGAGCCCACCCACUAAUGGGAAAAAACUUACCAUUAUCUACAGAAAUCAAGCUGUACGCUAAAUAUUUCAAGAUACUGAGCGAAUGCUUGGAAAUUAACCUUUGUUUACGCGGUGAAAGUACCCUUCUUGCCCUGGAAGAAAAACUAGAGCGUGAAAAUCUAGGGAAACCAUCUCUAGUUACAAUUGAAAAUGACCUUGCAAAUCGGACAGAAAAUAUGAAGAAAAAAAUGACAGAAAUGUUCACUCACCAGUCAAAAGACCGACCCAUUGACAAACUUUUGAAACUACUUCAAGAGAAUGUUAAGCAGGAUUCUGUAAUUAUCAUAUUUGUCAGAACACGAGAACUUGUGUUUUGCUUAGAAGAAUUUUUAAAGCGGGAAAAUUACAAAUUUGGACGACUGACAGGUCAACAGUCAGGAGACGGUGCACCAGCUAUGAGUCAGAAGCAACAAGACGAUGUUAUCAAUAAGUUAAACGCUGGCGAGUUACAGGGAAUAAUUGCUACAGAUAUAGCGGGAGAGGGCCUUAAUAUCGAAAGAUGUUCAGGAGCGAUUAGAUACAUGUGUGUUGGAAAUGAAAUAACAUCAAGACAGUUUAAAGGACGAAUUCGAAAAGAUGAGGGCACCUACAUAACAAUUGGUGAAGGCAAACAUACUAUUAGAGAACACCUCAACACGCAGAGAGCACUGCUGAUGACGGAUGCCGUAAACGAAAUUUGCAACAUGAGGCAAGAGAUGCUUAAAGAAAAGCUUAAGAAAUGUCGAUACGAAAUCCUUCUUGAAGAAAAGAGAAAGCAACAAAAAGAACAGGAGGAAAGCUUGUCAAAAAAGGAUCAUUCCGAAUAUGCAGUUUCCUGUACAAGAUGUGGUAAAUUUGAUAUAGAUUGUGAAAAUAUUUUCCUGAUCAAGGGUACGCAUCAUGCCGUCAUAGAUAAGAACAAAGCAGCAAAAAUAACACAAAAGAGACUGAAAAAGAAGCCAUACAAAGAGGAUGAUUUAGAACAAUUAAUGGAGUGGUACCACGAUAACUGUGCUGAGAAGCUAGGAACUGUUUAUCUUUACAAAGGAAUCCGUUUACCAGUCAUGGGCCAAGGAAGGUUCGUUUACUACAAAAAACAAGACAAACCAAGAAAACCUUUGCCUAUUAUAAAGUGGAAGUUUGUUCCCUUUGAGAAAUCUUUGAGAGAAAUUGGCGAGGAACAGCUAAUGGAAAUGAGCGGGGUUCUGUGAGAUGACUUAUAAAGAGAUGAGAGUUUUUUUAAUACGAAUAUUUAAGUUGGUCAACAAUACUGUGUGAAGAAAUACACUUAACAAAGGCAAUGUCCUGUUUCAGACAAUUUAAAUGAGUCCAUACUUAUUGUAAUUAGCAACUUUUAAUCGUGUAUUUUAUAAUUAUAUAUAUUCUUAUCUUCAAAAGUCUGAUGUGGUGAUUUUCACAAUAGCGUUAUCUCUCUUUGUUUUCAUAUACUGUUUGUCCUUGAGGGUAAUUUCCACAUCUAUUUUUAGUA